GAGGAUGGGGAGCGAGGCAGGAGGGGGAGGGGCCUCGGAGAGCCCAGAAAAACGACAACGCGAGAAAAAUUAGUAUUUUUGCACUUCACAAAUUAAUGACCAUGAGCUCGUUUUUGAUAAACUCCAACUACAUCGAGCCCAAGUUCCCGCCCUGCGAGGAGUUCGGGGCGCCCGGCGGCCCCGACGGGGGAGGCUACCCCCCGGCCCCGCAGCCCCCGCAGCCCCCGCCGUCCCCGCACCUGCAGCCGCCCCCGGGGGCCGGCCGCUCGCCCCCGGGCUACUACCGCCCGCCGCGGCCCGGGCCGGAGUCGGGGUACCCGGCGCCCGCGCCCCCCACCGCCCUCUACCCCGCACCCCCGCCGCCGCCGCCGCCGCCCGCUACCCCCCCCGCCCCCGCCGCCCCCUGCCCGGGGUCCCGCGGCCGUCCCUCCCCCGCCGCUCCCGCCGCCCCCGCCGGACAGAGCCUGCUUGUGACCGGUCACGUCCUGCAGCCCCCUCAGCCGCAGCCGCACCCCGCGCCCCCUCCGCCCCCACCUCCCCCGGCGCUCUCCCGCCGCAGCGAGGCUGCCCCAGCCGCCGCGGGAAGCCCCCCAGGGUGCCCCCUGCUCCUGGCGGACAAGAGCCUGUGCGGCCUCAAGGGCGGCAAGGAGCCCGUCGUGUACCCCUGGAUGAAAAAGAUCCAUGUCAGCACCGUCAACCCCAAUUACAAUGGAGGGGAACCCAAACGCUCCCGAACCGCCUACACCAGGCAGCAGGUCUUGGAGCUGGAGAAGGAGUUUCAUUUUAACCGUUACCUGACCCGGCGGCGUCGCAUCGAGAUCGCUCACACGCUCUGCCUCUCCGAGCGCCAGGUCAAGAUCUGGUUCCAAAACCGGAGGAUGAAGUGGAAGAAGGACCACAAACUGCCCAACACCAAGAUGCGCUCCUCGGCCCCGGCCUCGGGGAGCCAACCCUCCAAGGCACAGACUCAGGGCCCGAAUCUUCACCCUCGUCACCAGCCAGGUGCCUCUGCACCCAACUCUUCUACGCUCUAAUCGUCCACAUCCCCAGAUCGAUUUUAUUCCCCCUCUGCUUCUUCCUUUCUUCUUCUGCCCCUCUUUCUCUCCCCCCCCCCCCCGCCCCGGCCUGGACCAAAAAUAAACACCAACACAACACUCAACUGCUUUGUAAAUAACGAAGAUGAGAAAGAGAGAAGACACGAUCUCUGUGUGGCAGAGGACAGGUUGUCAUCCGGAUCUGGACCACUAGAUCAGGCACAGGCUGGCCAGCCUACCAGUGGGAUUGUUUAUUUAUGGAAAUGCUCACAGAGCUGGGAUGGGAAGUUCGGUACCUAACUAAGAAGGACUCCUUUGUAUGCUGUAUUUUUUAAAUGGCUAAAAUAAACCGUCCCAUCCAGUGGUGACUUGAGUUGUGCAGUUCUCGGGAAAUGUCCAUCUACAUCUAGUGCAAACAAAAGAACCAGGCCCCUCCUCCCUCCUAUCUUGUAUCCCCCCCCCUCCCAAGCAGCUUGCAAAAACUGAUACUGAACAGAAAAGAGAAGAGGACAUUUGGAAUGUCCUAAGGUUAUUUAACUGGUCUCCAGGUGUAUAGUCCCUGAUGAUAUUUGUGACAUAUUAGUUUCUCUUUAUCUCAUUUAUUUAAAAUAUUGUUAGAGGUUUAUUGUUGUCUUACUCUCUGGCCCAGUUCUAACUGGCAAGAGGGGGCCCAUUUAGAUCCACAUGAGACUGUAAAUUGUGGGUUUUGGUGUAACUGUAUAUAGAGCCAAGUGCUGAGAAUAAAUCUUGUAAAACAACAACAAACCAUGAUAUUAAAAGCUUAAAACAA